AUGAAGUCCACAAGUUGCGGCCUGGCGGUGGUCUUGCUUUACACCAGCGCGACCGCGUUCUCGCUCUCAUCACUGGGUUCAUCACUGGGCUCCCUUCUCGGACUAUCGGAUGACGACGACGAUGUUACCGCAAGCGCUGCCACCCUGAACGAUGCGGAACUCGCCAACAUGAAGUACUUUGUCGAGUUUGCCGCUGCGUCGUACUGUAACUCGGAUGCUACGCUUGUGGGGCAGAAUGUCUUGUGCACUAAAGAUUCUUGCCCGACUUUGACAGCGAAUUCGGUUCUGAAUUUCGCAUACUUGGGCGAUGCCCACCAAGAUGCCGAUGGCUUCGUAGCCAUCGACGAUACCACACAGACUAUCGUCGUGACGUACAAGGGCACAACCAGCAUAACGGACUUUGUCACCGAUGCCCUCUUCUCCACCGAAUCCUGCGACGACCUCGUGUCCGGCUGCCAAGUCCACACCGGCUUCUCCCUCGCCUGGUCCGAAGUCCAGUCCAGUACCCUAACGGCCGUGUCGUCCGCCCUCUCCCAGCGCCUAACCUACUCCCUCGUGGUCACAGGCCACUCCCUGGGCGGCUCAAUCGCUACGCUAGCAGGCGCCUACCUUCGCGCCGCCGGCUACGCGCUUGACAUCUACUCCUACGGCUCUCCCCGCGUGGGCAACGAAGAAUUCGCCGAAUUCGUGACCACGCAAGCGGGGACGCACUACCGCGUUACUCAUUUAGCGGACCCGGGACCGAGGUACCCGACGCAUAUAUUGGGGUACAGACAUACGAGUCCGGAGUACUGGUUGAGUACGGGGGAGGCGAAGACGGUGGAUUAUAGCGUUGGGGAUGUGGUGGUUUGCGAGGGGACGUAUAAUGAUGAUUGUAAUGGGGGUACGGAGAUAGGGGCGUGGACGCCUCAUGGAUAUUAUUUUACGAAGGUGGGGGCUUGUAAGGGGGAUCUGACGUUGUGGAAGAGGGACUAG